UGGAGCCGGAUGAAAAUCGAGCUCGUGUCACAUCUUCCACCAACCCUUCAAGCUCCAGCAUCGGCGGCAUAUCACGAAGUUGUUGUAUGACGACGACAUAAAAGUGGAGCGACCGUAGCGUAUUCUUCUCCCGGAAGACUACAUCACCUCCAAAAACUGACAAGAAGGAGAGAAGGAAGCGGAGUGGUCGUCUGAAACAAAAGCAGUGGGAGUGUGGAGAUCUCGCGGGGGACAUUGAAGAAACACCGGCCCAACUGCAUCAUGGGAAAACAGAACAGUAAGCUCCGGCCCGAGGUCCUCAACGAUUUGAGGGAGAACACGCAGUUCACCGACCACGAGCUGCAGGAGUGGUACCGCGGCUUCCUCAAGGACUGCCCCACGGGCCACCUGACCGUGGAGGAGUUCAAGAAGAUCUACGCCAACUUCUUCCCCUACGGAGACGCCUCCAAGUUCGCCGAGCACGUCUUCCGCACGUUCGACACCAACGGCGACGCCACCAUCGACUUCAGGGAGUUCAUCAUCGCGCUGAGUGUGACGUCUCGGGGCGGGCUGGAGCAGAAACUGCGCUGGGCCUUCAGCAUGUACGACCUCGACGGGAACGGCUACAUCAGCCGGGCUGAGAUGUUGGAGAUAGUCCAGGCCAUUUACAAGAUGGUGUCGUCAGUCAUGAAGAUGCCCGAGGAUGAAUCCACCCCGGAAAAGCGGACGGAUAAGAUCUUUAGACAGAUGGACAUCGACAACGACGGUCGAUUGUCCUUGGAGGAGUUCAUUAAAGGUGCCAAGAGCGACCCGUCCAUUGUCAGACUGCUACAGUCCGAUCAGGGAACGUCUCGCCAGUUCUGAGGCCGCACGGUUGUUGACCUAAUAGAAUGGCAAAAAAAAAACAUGGUCAGGACAUAAACGGUAUAGCACUCCACGUCUUAUGUUUACAUUAUCGUGGCUUCUUUUCUGUGGAUAUGCUUUUUCUCCUGCCUCCUAACGUUUUUGUUUUUUUUUUGCCCCCAAAGUGCCAUACCAUGUAUUUAUAGUGACUGGACCGCUUACCUACCAAGUGUUAUGACUCCAGCAAUUCCAAGUUCAAUUUGACUUAAAAACUGUUGAAAAGUGACUUCAAUGUUGCUCAGGAAUGCUUUAUACAUAACGUGUAUAUGCCUAUAGUAUUGCAUGCACUCUGUGGAAUGCAACCUUUUUGAUAUAGUGACUUUAAAUACGGAGACGGUGGUUGUUUAUUGUUUUAUUAUUGUAACAAACAUGUUUUCACACAAUUGAAAUAAAGUUUGUGUAAGAAAAAUCUA